AUGAGUACCGGCGGCGUUGGUCCGUCCAGUGACCCGUACAACAACCAUGUGAUUUACGUAAAUCCGCGGCAGUAUAAGCGCAUUUGCAUCCGGCGCGAACAGCGAGACAAGAUGUUGCUGAAGCGAGGUCGUCCGCGUCCGAGUUAUUUGCCCGUGGCUACGCGUCCAGAAUCCAACUCUUCGAAGCGCAAGCGCGACGGUUCUGAGUCUCCUCAUAAGAUUCCGCCCAAUGUAGACCCUUUUUCGCAGGCGGCGUAUUUUUACCCUCCAACCCGUUACGCAAAGUCCAGGGAGUCUGAUCGCGUAUCAAGCAAGAUACGUCGCUUCAAUGAUCGGAACGCUGCGGAAUUUUCGAACGUGGCCGCACUGAUCGCAGGAAAUGGCUACAACAGCAACUACACGGGUAGUGUGAUUCCUGGAACGGCUCCGCAUUCUCACGGCAGCGAGUAUAGUCCUCACAAGGAACGCGUCUCCUACGUAGAACACAACGCGGCAGAAAGCACCGUUCCAGGGCGUCUUGUAGCUCAUGUUGGUUCUUACUGUGGCGCGCACAAUGCGGGUGCCAUGGACGCCCGUGCCACUAAUGACGGUCGGCAAUCGGAGGCCUAUGGACGCAUAGACAGUUACCCGGAGAUACACGCCCGCUCGGUGAAUCGCGGUUAUAGGUUUCAGCAAUCGUCGGGAACGUCGGAUAGUUACUCCUCCGCCUCUUCGGCAUCGUCGUAUUCGGCAUCAUACGACGGCCGGCCCAUGUCCAGUGGAUCAACGGUAGUCAUGCCUGUCCACUCUUACCCUGCCGCUGCUGGGAGUCAGGGUGUUAUAAGUGCUGACAGCUAUGCUGGCAGUAAACUGGGACAAGUGACUUACAGUAGGGGUGCUUACUCCGCAGAGACUUACAGCGGCGAGUCGUGCUGCUCUGAUGGCCACUGGAGGGAAGACUACGGUCAUGGCAGCGACGGAGUUGACUACUACGUGACAAACACAAACUCCUGCGGCAAUCGCGCGUCUGAGAGCUGCCAUAACGGUAGGUACAGCGACGGAGACAAUGUGGAGCAUGGUGUGGGCGAAUCCGCUGAUGUCGCAACUGCUGGUGAGAUGAGCUGCGCCUAUGCGCAGCAUGUUGUAGCUGGAGCUGGGGCGUAUCCAGCGAGUGGUAUGUCUCGUGGCGGCGCUCAGCCUGUGCUCCGGGGCCCUAUGUGCAGCGAGUACGUUUACGUUGCAGGCGCAGACGCCAAGGUGUGA